AGAUUUAAGCUGAUGUUGUUGAAACGUGAUGAUACUAGUAAGAACACUUUGUUAUCACUCCUACGCAAGAUUAAUGACCAUCUAGGGGAACGCGGCACCCGCUUUCUUACUGGAGAUACCAUGUGCUGCUUUGACUGCGAACUCAUGCCAAAACUGCAGCAUAUUCGUGUAGCUGGCAAAUACUUUGCUGACUUUGAGAUCCCCGAUGAGCUGGAGCAUCUGUGGCGGUACAUGUACCAUAUGUAUCAGCUAGAUGCUUUCACACAAUCAUGCCCAGCUGACCAGGACAUUAUCAAUCACUACAAACAACAACAGGGCACAAGAAUGAAGAAGCAUGAGGAGCUUGAGACGCCUACAUUUACUACUUCCAUACCAGCCAGUGUCCGUCCUUAAGCCCCGUGGGAAUCACGACCCCCAUCACUCUAGCAGAAAUUUCAUAAGCAAAUUUUAUAACAUUUGAAAACUGUAAGACUCAGUGAUUGGUAAUAGUAAUAUAUCUGUGCCCAGUGUUAGGGAUGAUUAUGAAGUUGGGUGAUUUAGCAAGUGAAGGUCAGUCCGAGCAGCAUUUUCAAGACCUGACUGACCUUGUUUUCUUUUAACUCCUCAGCUUUGGUAAAUAGAAGUAUUUACUCAGGUGGAGGCAUAUGUAUUAAGCAGGCAACAAAUCAGUUAAGCUAGUAGUAGCUUGCGAUUGAAACAUUUAAGCCAGGCCUGAUAGUUAUUAUUAUCUCCCACCGAGCCCCCAUUUACUUACAUUGAUACUUCAUUAAUCAUUCUUACCACUUAAAGGUCCCAUUGAUGCCUUUUAAUGAAUUUAGUAUCAAGGAGUUUUUAGAUUUCUUUGAAAAGUAAGAUGCUUCAUCAUUUUGUCCUCUAUAUUAUUUUUUGAGAGACAAUUCAUAGUUUGUGCCUUCAUACCUUCUGUCGAAGUGUGUAUCCUACCAUAACCAUUGCCUUCAUUCCUUAAUUGUAUUAUUUCCAAAAUUGGAACCCAUUCCUAAGUGAGCUUUAUUCAUUUAAUGCAAGUAACAAUGGAUAUAUAGGUAGCAAACAUUUGGGGUUAACCAUAUCUACCAAAGUUAGUUUUUCAGUAAUCAUCAGACAUCAGUGAAUUAUAAUGAACUGUCAUGAUUUUAAUCUUGAAAUUUCUUUUGUUGUAAAUUAAAGUUCACAACACCACAGUAUAAGUAAAAAAUAAUAUUCCUGUAUAUUAUUAGUUUUAUCUAAUGGCUUAAAAGAAUUUAAAGGUAAGCCAUUUUCAUGUCUUCUUGUGCAUGUCACGCCUGCCUUUUUGUGAUGUGUCUUUUUGUCCAGUGCAAGAAAGGUUGUCUCUCUUCAUAAGAAGAGCUUUUGUUUUACCACCGUGAGCUUACACAACAUAAAAAAUCCAGAGUCAAAAGUUUAUUUUGCUAUGCUAACAAUACUGAGCAGAAAAGCUUGUUAAAAAAGAAGAUACAAUUAUACCUUGAUUAUAGGCACCUGUUUAAGUUAGCUAUGUCUUUGUGUGAUUUUUUCUUGUUUAGGAAAAAGGUCCUUAUGUUAGAAAAAUAUACUACAAAAUGAUAUGUAUCUCAUAUUUAUCUUGGAAGACAAAUAAUUUAAGAAUAAAUCAUAUUUAUUCUACCAUCAUAAGUUAAUUCUUAACAUUGCUAUGACUGACAGAUCACAAGUAGUAUACAUGUAUGGAGGUACCUGGAACUAAUUUCCUUUCUGCUGUAGUUGAUAGAAGAGUAAGAGCAUAUAGGGAGUAGCCAAAGGUAACUUCUGCCCCCCCCCCCCUCC